CCAUCCCAUUGUUGUGGAAGGGAACGAACGGGACGUUCAAGUCAAGCCUCGGUUCCUGGAAUCUUAUUGGCGCACCUAAAUAUUUGUAACAUCGGUUUAGGGUUCGUAAGGAACCUGGUUUCUAAACCCCCUGCCCUUAGUGCCCAUCAUUUCAAAUGGAUACACCGCCAAAUUCAUCCGAUGCGAACCCCUCUCGCAUUGAUGGAGACGACGACCGAGUAGACGGGGAUUUAUCUGCGACCAGCCUUGGGAAUUCCCAUUCAUUGGCCGAAUCUUACAGGAGACCUAGCUUCUUCACAACAGGUGCGCGAGGAACAGUCGUUCCAUACCCUCAAGCCCAGGAGCAUGCGGUCCUGGCGGAUUGGGAACGGGAGCAGGUCUUAGAAGAAGAGCGGGAUUUAUUAGCGGACAGUCGUGUUAUUCACCCGGAACACCGACAUGCGAAACCGGCCAAGGGACAGAAUCAGAUUACUGGUCUACUCUCGAAAAGACUGAAAGAAUCUGAGACAUUUACCCGGGAGGAAGAUGAAGAAUCUGCACAGCUUCCUGGAUCCUCAUUUGGGCCUGACUCUUCUGCCACCGAGACUACUGCUCUUUUGGCGUCAUCUACGGCGCUUGGCAACCAUGUUGGUGAUAAUGUUAGUGACGAUGAGGUCGGGAGCAAAUGGGAGGAAGCAGUCGAGGCUGGGCUGAUCCAUACAACAUGGCGCCGGGAAGCCAAAGUGUUAUCGAAAUACACAGUCCCGUUGAUGAUUACAUUCAUUCUUCAAUACUCUUUGACGGUAGCUAGUAUCUUUACAGUCGGGCAUCUUGGAAAAGUGGAGUUAGGAGCUGUGUCCCUCGCCAGUAUGACGGCUAACAUUACCGGAUAUUCGAUAUAUCAAGGCCUCUCUACAAGCUUGGAUACUCUUUGCGCUCAAGCCUAUGGUUCCGGGAAAAAAUCCCUUGUUGGAUUGCACAUGCAGAGGAUGGUUUACUUUCUCUGGCUAAUGACCAUCCCCAUUGGUUUAGUAUGGUUUUUCGCCGAAAGGAUUUUGAUGGUCAUCGUUCCAGAGAAGGACGUUGCAGUUCUUGCAGGAUUAUACCUGAAGAUUGUCUUGUUGGGGGCCCCAGGGUAUGCAUGCUUCGAAAGCGGGAAACGUUUUGUUCAAGCGCAAGGCCUUUUUUCUGCGGGGCUCGCUGUCCUGGUAAUAUGCGCCCCUCUCAACGCCUUUUUGAAUUGGCUUUUCGUCUGGAAACUGGGUUUUGGUUUCGUUGGUGCACCUAUGGCUGUUGCCAUAAGUGAUAACCUACUCCCUAUCCUUCUCUUCCUGUAUGUUCGUUUCAUCGCAGGGAAGGAGUGUUGGAAUGGCUUUACGAAAAGGGGAUUAGAGAAUUGGGGCCCUAUGAUUCGCCUCGCACUUCCGGGAUUUUUAAUGGUCGAAGCCGAAGUACUCGCUUUUGAGAUAUUAACACUCGCCGCAAGCUACUUCGGUACCACGGCACUGGCAGCUCAAUCCGUGCUCUCCACAAUAUCUGGUAUCUCCUUCCAGAUUCCUUUCCCUCUUUCCAUCGCAAUCAGCACUCGAAUUGCCAACCUUAUCGGAGCGAGUUUAAGUGAUUCCGCUCGUACAUCCGCCAAGGUUGGCAUGGUCGGCGCCGUUAUCAUCGGACUCCUAAACGUCACCUUCCUUUCUUCUCUCCGAAAUUAUAUCCCUAACCUCUUUACCUCUGACGAGGAAGUUGCGAGAUUGGUCGCCCAGAUCCUCCCAGUCUGUGCCUCAUUCCAGCUCGUCGACGCGCUGGCAGCCAACUGCAACGGCAUCCUCCGUGGUCUUGGACUCCAGUCUUUUGGUGGUUAUGUUCAGCUAUUCUGCUACUACGUUGUGGCCAUGCCCAUUAGUAUGGGCACAUCCUUUGGGUUAGGUUGGAGCCUCUGGGGCCUCUGGACUGGUGUUGCUGUCGCACUGUGCCUGGUGUCAAUUAUUGAAGGCGUGUUCUUGACCCGCACUGAUUGGGAGAUGUCUGUGUCCGAUGCCAGGAGGAGGAAUGCUAUGGGAUGAUUGAUGCGAUCUGGUGCGCGUAUUCGUCCUGGAUUUUGGGCCAUGCACUCCACCUACCAACUUACAGGUUUAUUCGACAUCCUAUUUGAUGUGUUCUACGCAUGUUUCCUCCUUGUAACGCAUUUGCCAUUGUGUUUUCAAGAUUAUGUUUCACGAUUACGAACCCUAUAAAGUCUACGCAAGGAAUUUUAUGUUUGGUUUCUGGGUAGGAGGUGGCGGGAUCUCUGCUCAGUUGUGCAAUGAUGUGAUUGGUAUAUAUAUAUAUAUUUGGUUUUUUUGUGGCGUUGAGUUAUUCUAGAAGCCGUGUUAUUUUAUGGUGGUGAUCCGCUAGUUCAGACUUACUAUUCAUGGCAUGUAUAGACAAGACAAGACAAUAUUAUAUUGUAUAUGU